AUGGCGGGUCACGGGAGGUCACGAGAGGUCACGGGGGGAAUAUGGCACAGAAUGGCAAACGUAAUGGGUCACGCGGUACAUGCUAGGUCACAGAUAAGAGGGAAAAGUUUGGACAACACUGCAAUACAGCAUGUAAAUACAUCAGAUAUGCAGACAAAAUAUACAAUACAACAUGAAAAUACAUUAGGUAUGGAGACAAAAUAUACAAUGCAGCAUGAAAAUACAUCAGGUAUGGAGACAAAAUAUACAAUGCAGCAUGAAAAUACAUCAGCUCUUCCAUCUAGAGGUCAACCUAGAGGCCAGCGCAAGAAGUCAGCUCUUCCAUCUAGAGGUCAGCCCCGGAGGUCACCCCAGAGUCAGCGCAAGAAGUCAGCUCUUCCACCUAGAGGUCAGCCCCGAGGUCAACCUAGAGGUCAGCGCAAGAAGUUAGCUCUUCCAACCAGAGGUCAUCAGCCCUUGAGAGGUCAGCUCCGAGAUCAACCUAGAGGUCAGUGUAAGAAGUUAGCUCUUCCACCAGGAGGUCACCCUGGAGAUCAACCCCAAGGAGAGGUCACCUUGGAGGUCAACCCCAGAGGUCACCUUGGAGUCAACCACCCAGAGUGGAGGUCAACCCCCUUGGAGGUCAACCCCAGAGGUCACCCUGGAGGUCAACCCCAGAGGUCACCCUGGAGGUCAACCCCAGAGGUCACCCUGGAGGUUAACCCCAUAGGUCAUCUUGGAGGUCAACCCCAGAGGUCACCCUGGAGGUCAACCCCAGAGGUCACCCUGGAUGUCCUUGGAGGUCAACCCCAUAGGUCAUCUUGGAGGUUCCAGAGGUCACCUUGGAGGGAGGUCAGAGGUCAACCCCAGAGGUCACCUUGGAGGUCAACCCCAGAGGUCACCCUGGAAGUUAACCCCCCUGGAGGUCAACCCCAGAGGUCACCCUGGAGAGGUCACCCUGGAAGUAACCCCAUAGGUCAUCUUGGAGGUCAACCCCAGAGGUCACUUGAAGGUCAACCCCAGAGUCACCCUGGAGGUCAACCCCAGAGGUCACCCAACCCCAUCUUGGAGGUCGUCCAACCCCAGGUCACCCUGGAAGUUAACCCCAUAGGUCAAGGUCAACCCCAGAGGUCACCCUGGAGGUCAACCCCUCCCCAGAGUCACCGUGGAGGUCAACCCCAAAGGUCAGCCCCAGAGGUCAACCCAUCCCAGAGAUCAACCCAGAGGUCACCUUGGAGGUCAACCCCAGAAGCAGAGUCACCAAAGUCAGCCCUGGUCAACCCAUCCACUCUCCAACCCACCCAUCCUCCACACCCGAUCCACCCCAGAGGUCAGAGGUCAAAGAGCGACCCCCCGGACGUCUCACACUCGAGACAACAUUUAUUGACAGAAAAAUCACGCCAUUAA